GGUGCUGAAAUAUAAUUCAAAGUCGUUGUGUCCAGUAGUAUAACAUUUGAAAGUAAUAUAAGGCUGUGUCUAAAGAGGAAUUAAUGAUUGGAAAACGUAUGCGUAGCCUAUGAAGCAAAGGAGGAAAACAUGGGAUUAUAUCACAUCGAGAGUUCCUUUGACGAAGACAUUUGGCUGAGGACUAUCCUUCCCUAAACUACAUUCAGCAGUCCACCAGCCUGAUGCAUUGGGGACCAUAGAGUGAACCAAGAUGCCGAAGAUCAGCACGGAGCAGUCUUAUCCCAGCCACGGCCACUGUUCGGUAAACACGCCCGACAACCUGGACCAGAUUGAGAGUGGCAGCAGGCUGUCUCGCUUCAUGGUGUUGGUGAAGGGCUGGUCAUCUCACAGUAGUCAGCCCUCAGAUGCCCUUCCUUUAGACUCAACCAUGAAGUCACACACAGAGUUCAGAGAGGCCUGGAGGGCAGAGAGCAUGUCCAACACCAGACUCUCUGACCAAGUCCGCAGGAGGAACAAUGGUCAAUGGCCCCUUGCAGCAUACAAUAUGAACAACUGCAACAACAAGGAUGACAAAAAAGAGGAGAAGAAGGAUGAGAAGAAGCCGGAUCCCCCGAAGCCACCUGAUAAGAAACCGGAUGAGAAGAAACCGGAUCCCCCUAAAGAAGUGUGGAUCAUUGACCCCGCCACAGAUAUGUACUACCAAUGGCUGACAAUAGUAGCUGUCCCAGCAUUCUACAACUUAAUGCUUCUGGUGCCAAGAGCUAGUUUCAAUGACCUGCAGGCCAACUAUGUAAUGCUGUGGAUGGUUCUCGACUACUCUUCAGAUGUCAUCUAUUACAUUGACACGUUUGUGAGAUCUAGGACAGGUUUCCUGGAACAAGGAUUGCUCGUGAAGGACCCAGUGAAACUAAAAGAACACUACCGAGCCCAGAAGCAAUUUAAAUAUGACAUCAUAUCGAUGAUACCUACCGAUCUUGCCUUCAUUCCAUACGGUUACAACAAUCCAGAGUUCAGAUUCAACCGCCUCGGCAAGAUGGCGCGCCUCUUUGAGUUCUUCGACCGAACGGAAACCAGGACAAACUACCCCAACAUUUUCAGAAUCGGCAACCUUGUGCUUUACAUCCUGAUCAUCAUCCACUGGAACGCUUGCGUCUUCUACGCCCUCUCCAAACUCCUGGGCUUCGGCUCAGACACCUGGGUGUACCCAAACAUCACUGACCCCGAGAUGGGCCAGCUGUCCAGGAAGUACGUCUACUGCCUCUACUGGUCCACCCUGACCCUGACCACCAUUGGAGAGACCCCGCCCCCUGUCAGAGACAUCGAGUACCUGUUUGUAGUCGCCGACUUCCUCACGGGCGUGCUGAUUUUUGCCACCAUUGUUGGUAACGUUGGCGCCAUGAUCUCCAACAUGAACGCGGCACGUGCCGAGUUCCAGGCCAAGAUCGACUCCAUCAAGCAGUACAUGGAGUUUCGUAAGGUCUCCAAGGUCCUGGAGGCCAGGGUGGUCAAGUGGUUUGACUACCUGUGGACGGAGAAGAAGACCUGCGACGAGAAGGAGGUUCUGAAGAACCUGCCGGACAAGCUGAAGGCUGAGAUUGCCAUCAACGUCCACAUGGAGACGCUGAGGAAAGUGCGUAUCUUCCAGGAUUGCGAAGCCGGCCUGCUGAUCGAGCUUGUGCUCAAGCUGCAGCCUCAGGUCUUCAGCCCCGGAGACUACAUCUGUAAGAAGGGCGACAUUGGCCGAGAGAUGUACAUCAUCAAAGAAGGGAAGCUGGCUGUGGUAGCGGACGACGGGGUAACACAGUGGUGUGUGCUGAGCGAUGGGGCAUACUUCGGAGAUCUCAGUAUCCUGGGCAUCAAGGGCAGUAAGGCUGGCAACAGAAGAACAGCCAACAUCAGGAGCGUGGGUUACUCUGACCUCUUCGCCCUGUCUAAAGACGACCUGAUGGAUGCUCUCACUGAGUACCCUGACGCCAAGUACGCUCUGGAAGAGAAAGGCAAGGCCAUCUUGAUGAAAGACAACCUCAUUGAUGAGGAAUUGGGAAACAAGGCCGACCCCAAAGAAAUGGAGAACAAAGUCCUUACAAUGGAGACCAACAUGGAGGUCAUGACGAUCAAGUUCACCAGAAUGAUUGCAGAGUGGGCAACAUACCAGGCCAAGGUCAAGCAGCGCAUCAGCAACAUGGAGGCCAGGGUCAAACCCCUCAGGCAGGGGGAUGGAUGA